AUGGGAGAAGCUAAGGAGCUCCAAGACGCAGCAAAUAGCCAACAGGGGACCCAUGUUGUGGCCAGAAAUAAAAGGGGACCAGAAGAAGUCUUCUUCUUUGCUUUCCUCACUAAUCUGCUCUCAGUCUCAGCCAUUGUCGGCAUUAUCGUCGGAGUUAAAUCCAGCAAAAUCUCCGGCACCGACAUUGAUAAUAUCCGUUUCACCCCGUCACACUACUUAGUAAAAACCGCUUGCAGUUCCGCGUUGUACCGUGAACUCUGCUUCUCCGCCAUUACCUCCGAGCCGGGCUUCACCGAGAAUUUGUCCAGCCACAAAGAUGCCAGAGAACUGUCCCUCAACAUAACCAUCAGCUCACUGUCAACAAAAUUUGAGCCAAAAAAAGGCCUGACGAAGGGACAGAAAGUCGCUCUUCACGAUUGCUUGGAAACUGUCGGAGAAACCCUGUACGAGCUUCGUCAUGUCAUCGUAGACCUCAAAGACUCCACUAAUCACGCCGACGACAUCAAAACUUUUCUCAGCGUCGCCAUGACCAACCAGGAGACAUGCCUGAACGGGUUCUCCUUCAACAAGGACGACAGAAGCGUGAGAGAAAGGCUGAAGAACGGGCAAGUUCACAUGGAACGCUUGUGCAGCAACGCACUGGCAAUGAUUAAGGACAUGACAGACAAUGAUAUGUCUAGUAAUAACAGAAAACUGAUGGAACUUGAGGAGGUGGAUGGUGGUACAUGGCCAGUGUGGAUGUCAAUCAAGGACAGCAGUCUUUUACAGUCGUCGAUGGUGACUCCAAAUGUGGUGGUGGCUGCUUAUGGGAGUAGGGAUCAUAGGACGGUGUCAGAGGCGACGGUGGCAGCACCGACGAGAAGUAGCACGAGACAACUAAGAUCAUUGGAAGAUACCUCUGCACCGGCUGAAGGAUGUCCUCUCAUGGAAAUCGAAAAAAAGAAGUUGAUAGAGGACUAUUACUCUACUAUGGUGGAUGUAGUUAUGGAUGAAAAAAUGCUGGGCGAGACUAGGAAUGACAAGGCGACUGCCAUGGAUCAUGAUGAAGGUGAAGGUCGCGAGAAUCAGCAUGAAAGUGAGACGAAACAAACGUCUCACAAAGAUUCUUUAUUGGGGUAUGAUGGUGUUGCAAAUGGUGGGGAGAUUGUUGAAGAUGAUCUUAUUUUGGAUGAUGAAGAGACAUGA